AUGAGGAAGACACAGUAUGAACACACUUUCUCCCAUAGCUCCGCCGGGCCCGGGGAGGCCUCCAGGCCCCGGGGACUCGGGCAGGCCGGGUCCCCGCUCCCCAGGACCCUCGGGGAACUCGGGGUCCCACAGGCGGGGGGAAGCUUUGAGCGCGUCUACCGGGGCCCAGAGGGGGAGGGGCGGCCCGGGACCAAGGCCAGGCCUCUGCCGGGGUCCCGAGGGGGCGGGGCGGCCCGGGAUCAGGGCCAGCCUGGUUCCCUCCCCCAGGCCUUCAAGGCCCCCCACAGACCCCCGCCCGGCGACUCCCGCCCGGGCCGGGGCGGGACACUUUCAGUUUGCCAUUUUGGGAGGGGGCUGGCGCGCCCCCGGAGCCCCGCCUCCGGGCUCCGCCGGGCCGGAGGAGGUCACCGGGUCCCGGGGAGUCAGGCAGGACAGGUUCCCGCCCUCCGGGAGCUUCGGGGGUCUCGGCGCCCCACAAGCGGCGAGGAGAGCGGGCGGGGCGGGGCGGCGCGGCGGCCGGGCAAGGCAAGCCGCGCGCCCGGCAUGGAGCUCACCGAGCCUCCCCAGCCCCCCGGGCCAGGGGGGCGCGCUGAGAGACGUUCCUCAGCCCCGGUGGAGAACCGAGUGGUCGGGCCUCGAGAUUCGAAAAUCUGCCUCUGGAGCCAUCUGGACAUGGGCCCACAACGCCCACAUAGGACAACUAUCAACUUCUGCAAACCCUUUUCACGUCAGAAGAGGAAGAGAAUCCGUGCCCAGGGAUGGAAACUAGUCGUGGGGCCAGACGAUCUACCUACCACGGAAGCAGACCGCCUCGAAACCGUUUUUCUUUUCACCCGACCCUGGUGGGACCCUAACAUGAAUUAAGUCCUUACAGGCUUUACACUACAGCUCCAAAAACAUCCAUCACGUCGUCAGCGCCCACCGUCCGAAACCUGACACCGCGGAAGAAGAAACCCCUACUGCUGAACCUGGUGAUUUAGUGUGGAUCAGAAAAAGGAAUCCCUCCUCCCUUGAGGCACGCUGGGCUGGGCCUUAACAGGUGAUUCUAAGUACACCGACUGCCAUGAAAGUCGCAGGUAAAAGAUUUUGGAUACAUCGCUCACAAAUUAAAAAGGCAGACUCCGACCAGAACGCAGAAUGGUCCAUACAAAAAAACAUCAGAUCCCCUAAAACUUCGGCUGCAGCGACGUACGCCAUUAUGCUGACUCUAGUAACAAUGCUAGCCGCCGAGAACCCCCAUCAAGCCACUAAUUAUACGUGGCAGUUAACUUGCACCAUUGAUGGAACAGUGGUCAGCCAGAUUAGCACCCCUGGCAGCCCUAAAUUUGUUUUUGACCUAUGUAAACUCUUUGGGAGACUCUGGAAUCUACCAGAAGCUGUAAAUACCUAUUUGAGAGGGGGAAGGGUAGAGCUUUGGGGCUUCAGUUGUGGUAAAUUAGAACUGGAACGAGGGCUAUGGCGUAGUCAACAUUAUAUCUGUCUGCAAAAAGUGCCUCAAAGUGUGGGGGAGAGGAUGAUUAUUUCUGUUAUAGUUGGGGCUGUGAAACCAUAGCCCCAUGGAAAAAUGUAGAUCAUUUAUUAAAGGUCACCAGGGAGAUAAGGCCAGAAGCUCCUAUUAAAAAUUGUGUAAUUGGGAACUGUAA